AUCUCUGCAUGGCCCUCGCUUUGUGUUCCCUCUUUCUCCUUCCCUCUUCGUCUUAUUUCAAGGGUUGGGGGCGUGGACGAUCCUUUGCCUACGCAAUGGUCUGCCAUCGCCCCCGUAGUUCGGACUGGCCAAUGAGCAUGGAUGUCUUCGAGGAACAAGGAGGGACAAAGACUCAUAUCGUCCGCGGUGACGAUAUGCGAGAACCGUUGAGCAUCAUCAGUUUCCGUGCUCUGGGAGGACUGGUACAAAACAAAGCCUUUGUACGAAAGUUUUCAGAUCGCUUGACUCGGAGGUGGAGAAAUGGCCCCCGCCCAAAGAGUUCCCGCCAAGCGAACCUCUGCUCAAGCCAAGAGGAGUGAACGCUCCAGCGACCCGAAGGAAUGCACUUUUGGCUGCGCCGACUGUUCGUACAACACGAAUAGGCAGAGCAACCUCCAGCGCCACCGCACGGCCAAGCACCAGCCCUUCGCCGGCGACGGACGGCAGUGCUGCGGCCAGGCCUUCAGGGACCAAUUCAGCCUUGACCAGCACAAGGGUCUCGUGCAUCUCGCGGACCGUUCGUACCGGUGCUUGCUCUGCCCGGAACGCUUCGACCGGGCAGGAGUCUUGGGGCGUCACAUGUUCACCCACAGCGGUGAAAAAAGGUUUUUCUGCCAAGUGUGCCCCUACAAGUCCCCGAGCAAGUACAACGUCGAAAGACACCAAGAGGCCAGGCACGGCGUAGUGAAGAACAGGAUGCGGCGACAUCCGAGUGCUAACAAAAAUGACGUUCCUCCUGCUGACAAGGACUCCGGGUCCGUGCCAGAAGAGGGGAGCUACUCCAGGUCGAACUCCGCGGAAAGGACCUCACGAACACAACACCAGGACGGUUCCGGAACGCCGCAAGGUGAGGCACACUUCAAGUCUGGUUUCGACGACCUCAUCAAGGGUGUCCUCCGACGGCUCUACAGGUUCACGACUCAGGUAGUCCGCAUGAGCCAUUUUCUCACCUGCACGGUGCUUCAUCUUGAAGUCAUACUCCUGUAG